CACAGCGUGCAGCAUGAGCAGCAGGUGGUAGCGCUACCACUGCAGGUACCAGCGAUGGUGGAGGCCAUGCCGGCGAUGCUCACGAACUUCGUACGCAACGUACGUCAGUUCGAGAACAACAAACAAAUUGCGUACCUCGCCGAGCUCGUGGAGAAACGGCUGGGCACAUACCGCCCCCUGCCGUUCGUGGGGGCGGAGGUGCCCACCCCGAUGCUGACGUACCAGCGGGACGAGCAGGCGCCUCCUGACGAGGACGAGGUGGUCGAGAUGUCGCUCAGACUGAAGGUCGUGGGCCUCCUCAUGCCCGUCAUCGUAGACUACCUGGACGUCGCCAAGCACUUCUACGACCCUAUCUUUAGGACGUGA